AUGAUCAACGGGGAUACAGGUGAUACAGGUGACAGCCUUUUGAAUUCAUAUCUGAUUCCAUCCUCCAUUCCUGUUGCUUCAAACACCAUCCAAAGCUCAUCAACUAAAGCGAUGCUGACGAUCAUCCUUCUGGCACUCUUUGUGACUUCGGAGGCACCGGCUAGUACAAUUCUCUACACGACUUAUCCUUAUCUUCCGGGUUUGAAAAAACUAUUCAUCACUAUAACAAGAAAUAAGCUUAAAGAACAACUGCAGCGUCAAAAUCUCCCUUUCAUCAGAAAAAUGUUCAAGUUUAUACCCAAAAAUGACAAAGGUCAACUAGCGAUGCUCAUUUGGGUGUCGGAAGUGCCAGAGUGUGAUUUGGUGAAGAAAAUGGCGAAGGAGUCAAAGAAAUUAGAUAACCACGUAAGAUAUGCAACUGUAAAGUGUAGAGGAAACCAUAAAGGUGUGCGUGAACUGACAAUUACACAGAAAAAUCAUGUCAGAUUUGUGCAAAUGUAA